AACAUUUCUUUUUCCCAAACUCCACCGCUUUCCUAUGCUUGAAGAAAUUUAUACCCCAAAACUCCCCUCUUCUAUCUCUGCAACAAACUCGACUCUGAAACCUCAAAAAAAUGGUCUAAUCGCCAUUUUCCUUACAUGUAAAAAGACCAAAGACAGUUCUUCUUUUUAAGAAUCGAAAACCAUGGCGAAAAACCCAACAAACAGCAGCAGUAACAAGAAGAAACUGAAACAGCAAGCGAAACAAGAUUCAGAGGAUGUGAAUGGAGACCCUGAAAUUUGGGCAUCAUUUGAUCAAAGUUUCAAGCAAGUUCAGUCGGUUUUAGACCGGAACCGUGUGUUGAUCCAACAGGUCAACGACAACCAUCAGUCGAAGAUCCCCCACAACAUGGUCGAAAACGUUGCACUUAUUCAAGAACUCAACGGGAACAUCUCCAAGGUUGUCUCUCUUUACUCUGAUUUGUCUUCAAAUUUCUCCACCGCCUUUCACAAUGAUGAUGAACAACCCAAGAAUAGUGAUUGAUUCCAUGAGAGAAGGAUGAAUUUUGGUUGAGCAAAAAAAAACACAAAUAUACCCCUUAAGUUCUUAGUAUUUUCUUAGUUAUUUACUAUGUUUUUUUGUUGCUUGUGUUUUGUGUUCUAAGUUGAUGAUCUAUGGGAAUGGACACUGUCUUGUUUGAAA